AUGGAAUUCGACAGCAAGAUAGUCAUCAUCGGGGCCGGUGUCUUUGGUUUGAGCACGGCUCGUCAGCUGGCUUUGGAGGGAUACAAGAACAUCGUCAUCCUUGACAGACAUGUCCCACCGGCGCCUGAUGCAUCAAGCAAUGACAUCUCUCGAGCAAUUCGCUUCGACUAUGCCGACGGAGACUACCUGGACGUCGCAUACGAGGCGUACCUAGAAUGGAGUCGCUCGCCUCGCUACAAGGACAUAUUCGUCCCCACGCCAAUCAUCAUUGCCAGCACGGAGGGCACAAAGGGCUCUUCCUAUCUCAAGGGGACAACGUCUCAGUUUGAGAGACGAGGACUGCCUUGGACCACACUCGGCGAUGCGAACGCCGCCCGCAAAGUCUUUCCGUUGCUCACGGGACCACUUGCCGCCAAGCCCUUUGUCGGUUACUUCAACAACGCUGCGGGUUGGGCCGACGCCUCCAAGACCCUGCUCCGACUUCGAGAUGAUUGCUUGGACCUAGGCGUCUCGUUCAUCUGCGGAUCGGCAGGCACUGUGACCGGCCUGGAGACCGAUGGCACCGGCGGCAACAUCAAGGCGGCACGUACACGCGCAGGCGACGUCAUCCAAGGCGAUUACUUCAUACUCGCUGCCGGAGCCUGGAACUCGGCUCUCGUCCCCAUGUACAACUCCGUCCUCGCAACGGGCCAGGUCUUGGCUUACAUUCGCCUAACGGAAGCCGAAAUGCAAAAGUACGAGAAGCUUCCAAUCUACCUCAACUUCUCAACCGGCUGGUUCAACUUCCCUCCACACAAGGACACCCAGCUCUUGAAGGUUGCUAUCCACGGGUGGGGGUAUACUAGACAACCAGACGAGAACGAUGGAGGUCCUGGAGCGACGCGAUCCGUUCAAUCUACCCCGCCUGCAAAGGCACGCCGCCAAAGGGCCAACUUUACACCCCAAGACGGCGAAGAGAGACUGAGGGACGGCCUGCGUGAGAUGCUGCCUGAAUUGGCGGAUCGUCCCUUUGAGAGGACAGCCGUUUGCUGGUACACGGAUACUCCGUCGGGCGACUUCAUCAUGGACUACCACCCAGACCACAGGAAUCUCUUCAUUGGUGGCGCGGGAAGUGGACAUGCGUUCAAAUUUGCACCUGUAUUGGGAAAGUACAUGUCAUUGGCGAUCAAAAAGGAACUGCCGCCGAACUUGGCCAAGAAAUGGCGCUUCCGCACAGAGUAUGCAGACAAGGGCAUGGAUGUCUUCCUAGGUGAUGGGAGCAGAGGCGGGCCGGAAAGGAGAGAACUCGGGCAGGAAGAGCGAGCAGGGCUUGACGAUGAGCCUAGAGCGAAGCUUUAG